AACAAUGACAUUUUCAAAGUAGUUCAACUUCAACAAUAUUGGACUUUGGAUGAUGUUAUUCGGCUAGCAUUGAAGGUUGAAAAGCAAAUCUCAAAGAAAAAUAUUACUUUUGCUUCAAAACCACGAGAUUUUGAAGCUAGCCAAGGGACCCAAGCUUUAAAGAUUGUUGCUGAGACACCUACCAAAGUUGAGAAGGAAGCUAGUUCAAGCCGUCCAGCCCAGCCUAACACUCGAAAGUGUUUAAGUGUCAAGGAUUUGAUCACAUCGCCUUCGACUGAUUCAAUAGGAGAAUUAUCACCAUUAUCGGAGAAGAGAUUCAUGAAGUCUUAGAUAGUGAAGCAGAAAAGGAGAUUAGUGAUGAGAUUGAGCCACAACUUGAGAAAGAACUCAUCGCAGCUGACCAUGGAGAAUCUUUGGUUGUGCGUCGAAGUUCUCAUGAUAUCAUAACCAAGGAUGAAGAUUGGCUCCGACAUCACAUCUUUCAUACUAGAUGUACUUCUCGAGGGAAAGUUUGCAAUAUCAUCAUUACAGUGAAAGUUGUGAGAAUGUUGUGUUUAGUUAUAUAGUUGAAAAGCUAGGACUGCCAAUCAAAGAUCUUGCCCAUCCAUACAAGUUACAAUGGUUACGAAAGGGAAACGAGGUAAAAGCAAUCAAACGUUGCCUUGUCUCUUUUUCUAUUGGUAAUAGGUACCAAGACGAAGUAUGGUGUGAUGUUAUUCCUAUGGAUACUUGUCACUUAUUACUUGGUCGCCAUUGGCAAUUUGAUCGAAAAGAUAUCCAUGAUAGCCAUGCCAACACCUACUUGUUUGUGAAAGAUGGUGUGAAGGUCAAGCUCACUCUCCUGAAACCUGAAGAGACACGUGAAAAGAAAGAUGAUGACAAGGCUUUAAUCUCCAGAUCAACCUUUCAGAAGUUGCAUCAAGAAUCAAGGACAGUUUGUCUCUUGUUAUUAUCUAAAGUGAAUGAUGCUACUUCCCCUUUUCCAGAGGAUAUUCGAUCUUUCCUUGAAGAAUUUUCUAAUGUUGCUCUUGAUGAGACCCUUUAUGGAUUACCGCGAACUCAACGAAGCAAGGAUUCUAACAUGGUUGUGCCUACAAGACCAGACUUCUAGGUGACUAUGGAGUCUCUGCUACUUUUAAUGUUGCUAACUUAUCUCCUUACCAUGAAGAUCAUAAGCAUUGAACUCAAACUUGAGGAUAAGUUUUCUCCAACCAGGGGAGAAUGCAUCAGGAAAAAACAAGAAGCAUGCAGAAGCUACUUUGCAGCACCAUUAGGCCGGUUGAGUGUUGCAUGAUGCUGUUAUGACUCCAAGGAUAUAUGUACCAGAAAAAGCACCUAAAAAAAAUUUGUAAUUUUAGGCUUUUAAUCAUUAUUAGUAAUUGUAGGUUAUUUCGUUGGAAUUUAUUAUUUUCAUUUGGAUUUGUAAGUGGCCAUUAUUGAUUUUUGGAUUUUUUGUUGUACUUAUUUUUAGUUAAUUUAAUUUUUGUAGUAAACUGGGGAUCGAUCU